AUGGCCCUGCAACCAGGCGGCGUCCCGACGACUGCCCCUGCACGAGAGGAUCCGGACUCUCGAGUGGAAUGGAUGGGCAUAUUCGCGCAGCCGCUCGAGCCUUUACAAGCGAACCAACUGGCCCCUUACUACAGUUUCACCCUCCCGCCGGGAACGGAGCGCACUAUCUCGAGAGGUGCAGAACUGCCCCCGACAGUGCAGAGCAUGUGGGAGGCUCUUUUCAAGAAACAUCACACGAACAUAUUGGUGGACUUGUGUCUUCGUAUUCUCGCGGCUCUACGUUACUUGAUGGAGACCUGGACUGAGUUUUGCGCCUGGUCAAGAGAGCGUCACGAACCUUGGGCCGAAUGGUCCUUGCAGAUCGGUUAUGAACAUACCUCUGAACCUUCUCAAUGGCGAAUGAAGAAGACUGUCCAGAUCAAGAACUGGAUGAGGCGCACGUGA